AUGCCUCUGCCUCAACCACCGGCGGCCUCGCGGGCCUCACUGUCGGCGCCGUUUUCUGUAUGUUCGUCCCAGGAGGUGUGCUCGAGCUGGGAACUAGAACAACUAGACAAACUGACAACGCUCGGCAUCAAGACACCGGAUGCCUCUCGCUUUCGAUUGCCCGAGUCCAAGCGCAGCGGCAGCAAAGGCGGGACUGAUGCAGGCUUCACACCUGCCAGCGGUGCGACGGCGCGGCCGACUCCGCGGUUUGCGCCGUCGUGGCAGAAUCGAUCACACACGAGAAGUGCUAGUGUGGUCGGCCGGCGGUUCCACAGUCAUGCGCCCUUGCUGCUGCAGAACCGCAACCACCAAGAUCCGUUUGAGGGCGGCGGCGAUGCGAUUGAGGACGGCAGCUCCCCCAUACAAGGACCGCCGCAGACACCACAGACGCCACAGAUGCCACAGCGGCGCCUUGAUGAGGGAGACGAUGGGCCAUUAUUGGUUGUCCGGGAAUCACCGACGGCAGCGCGGACGAAACAGCUUGCGCAACCACUGCACCUACCACGGCCAGGGAUUUUCUCAGUCUCCGCUGGUGCUCGGCGGCGGAAGCAGCGUUUGGAACUGGAGGACGAGAUUGAAGAUGUGGCACCCAGCAGGAGCCAUUCGGGAAGCGAGGGCGAGGGUGCCAGCCAGGGCGAGGACAACAGCGGGGAGAGUGCGGGUUUUGCGGCCAACACGACCCCACGAAGCGCCGCCACAUCUGUGCCUCCCGGUCGACCGCCACUCGCAGAGCAAAAAACAUCGGCGGCGCGUCUCUUGUCGUCGAUACAGCCCUUGAAACGGCGGCGCCUGUUUGUGUCGCCGGGCCUGAUUACGAGCUCGCCACCGAUUGCAGGAUCUGAUCAAGACGACGGUGAAAGCGGAGGCGGAGGUGGGGAUGUGGACGUGGACGUGGACGUGGACGUGGACGUGAACGACAGCCACGAAGCGAGAAAUGAUGGCCGUCCUUUGUUUGUCCCUUUAUUCAAAAUCAAGACGGGAAACAAGCUACGCCACGGCUGGGACGGCGACGACAUUGUGGACGCGGAGAGUAGCAGCGGCAGUGGCGAUGAUGGAGGACGAUACGGCAACGAAGAGAUAAGAGACAUUGUCGACUAUGGCGCGCUGCUCGAGUAUGCGGACUCGUCCGAUGACGAUGGUCAUGGCCAUGCCACGAACAAAGUAGACAACGAAAAUAGCGACAAUUACGAGGACGACGCUAUGAUGGACGACGACCAUGAUGAGGACCGACGAGAGAACGACUACGACGAGGACAUGAUAUUAGACCAAACACCGCCGCGCAUCCGUCGUGCAAGACAGAGGCAGCAAGAAAAGGAACAGGAACAGGAACAGGAACAAGAGCACCAGCAGCAACAAGAGCAGAAACGACUGCAAAGUCAAAGACAGCGCCUGCCUACAUUUCAACGGGCCAGGCUGUUCAUGACACGAAAGUCAACCGAUCAGGCUGGGGACGAUGCGGAUGCCGAGGGCGAGAGCCUGCCUGACGGUGAAUCCACAAAAUCCGGUGGCGAACACACGUCUGACCAAGACUUGACGACACCCGCUCGGCAGCAGCACUAUUACGAUGCAGUUCUCCACCAGCCGCUGCCCGACUUUUUCUCGCCCCAGCAGAAGCGCCGCCGGAAGCAGAAGCGGCCUCGGCACAGCCGGCACAGCAACGACGACGAAAUGGACGGCCUGGAUGGGCUGGCGAGCCCGAGUGCUACGGCUGCCGCGGCCAUUACGGCCCCCGAACAGUAUGUGCCUGGUGGACUGGCAGCUUCGCUGCGAGACUGGCUGCUGCAAGUCAAAAGUGAUGGUGGGAUGCACACGGCGACAUCGAUGCCUACGGCUGCAGGCGGCCUGGGUCGAUUUGUUGUUGACGAGACACGGCAGAUGCCUGGGAUGGUGCGCCUUGCCGUCGGCCGUCGGCUACAGAAACCCGCUUCGAAAAGAUACGAGACAGAAACUGCAGAGGCAAUGCCACUUGCACGGCUAUUGUUGGCCGGUGCGGGAAGACCGUGGACGACAGACCUGAAAGCUGAACACAGCGCUGUGGACGGUAUGAACGAUAUAUCUGACGGCCCCUCAGGGGAUUCAGAACCACCAAAACAGACUGUUGUGUCCAUAUCCCAUCCGGCAUGGGAAAUCCCUCUGGCUGGUCAAUUGUGGAUCGUUGCCAGCGACUGGUGCUUGCACGAGGAACUACGAGACGCAUGA